GGUGUAAUGUAUUCAAUGACACCAAUAAUGUUAACAAUGUUAAACUUGCCUAGACAUAUUAGAAAUGCAUUUGGAAACAUAAUGUUGUGUGGUAUUAUACCUGGACAGAAUAAAUCAGAAGCAUGUAAUUUGGAUCCAUACCUUGAAAUUCUUGUGGAUGAAAUGCUAUAUUUGUGCAAGUGUAGAGCUUUCUCUGAAUAUCACAAAGCUUCUGUAGAUGUCAAAUUAAAGUUAUUGUUAUAUGUUCUAGAUUACCCUGGACUUUCAAAACUUUUUCACAUUCAUGGGAGUGGCGGUCUUUGCGGAUGUCAUUGGUGUCAUGUAAGGGGAUUUCAUUCAGCAGGGCUUGAUAAAGUAAUUUAUUUGUCAAACCGCUCUUUUUUAGAUAAAGAUGAUCCUCUUAGACUCUGCGUAGACAAAUUCUAUGAUAAAUUUGAAGAUAGAAGCUCGAAACUACCUGCACGAAAAGCCCACGAAGAAAGGGAUUAUCGUGUUGCUUAUAAACAAUCAAAAAACAAGGCGCAGGCCAAUUCAGUUUCUACAGCAACUGGCUGUAAAGGACCUUAUCCAUUGUCACUAUUACCUGGUCACAACAGGAUAGAAGAAUCUUUGCCUGAUGCAUGUCACACUAUUAAAGAUUUUAUACAAAAUAUAGUUUAUCUUAUUACUGGGAAGAAGAAGGUCAAUGUGAAAAAGGUGAUGGAAGCAGAGGCUGCAAGUGGAAGAGAGAAAUUGAGGGUAGACCUAUCCGCAACAAUUGUUACUGGUAAGAGGAAGAGAUCAGAAAUAUCAACAAAUCAAGCAAAUGAGGCAACUGGCCUACAAGCAUAUUCACAUCUGUGUCUAUUAACGGAUCAAGAAAUUGUUCUGGGUAAUGAAAGAGCUGCAAAACUUCGAGUUCCGUCUGGUUUUGGAUUAAAACCAGGAAACUUUUUAACUAAUACCCGUUGUCUCAAGUCCCAUGACUGCAAGCAGAUAGCUACCCAAAACAUACUAAAAUAUUGCUUAAGAGGAACUUUAGGCAUCAGAGAGAGAACAACUCUUUUCUUUCUCCUUGAUUGCCUUCGGGAUAUCUGUGCGGAGUCUGAUGCUGAUGAUGAGCUUGAUGAGUUGGAAGUCAAAGUAAACAAAGCCUUGGCUCUAUUUAAAAGAGACUUUCCUGUACAUCUUCAGAAUAUUACAACUCACUUUAUACAUCAUAUUGUGCCAGACAUAAAAAAAUAUGGACCUAUUUAUUCUACAUGGAUGUACGUAUUUGAAAGAUUUAAUUCAUGGAUUUGUAAACGUGCUCUUAACAUGCAGUAUCCCGAAGUUUCUGCUAUAGAAACCUACAUUCUGUUUGAAUGGUGUAAUUGUAUGAUCAGUUCUGGAAAAUUACCUGCCACUGCAAUAUUAACUGAUCACCUGGGAAGUUAUGAAGAAGAAUCUUUAGAAACUAAGCAGGAAACAAGGGAAAGUGAAAAGUGCAAUGUUAAAAAUUCAGUGAUAUAUUAGCAUUACCACAUUCUUCCUCAGCGCUGUGUGACACUCAGUCAGUGUAUUGACCGUGUCCUACACUCCUCGCGCACAGAGUGCCAAGAAAAAAUAUCCGAUAAAAAAACUCACAAUUUGUGUCAACAUAUUUUAACCUAUGUGAAUA